AUGCACCGCAAGGAUGCAGGUCGUAUCAUUUCUUUGGAUGAGGCUCACAAGUUUAUCACGGCUACCUCUCCCGAGGCUAAUGGCCUGACGGGGACCAUGCUGUCGAUCGUGCACCAGCAGCGCCACCUGGGCACGCGCGUCGUAAUUGCAACCCAGGAGCCAACCGUCUCGUCGAAGCUCCUCGAUGCAACAACCUCGAAGGCGACGUCAGAUCUAUUCCGCCAAAUCACGUCUCCGCCCACCGGCGAGGCGUUGGACUUCUGUCCGCCGGCGCUUUUGGACACUGCCAAGUACGGCUCGGAGUACCAGGAUGGGGUUAGCGAGUUGGAAAUGAUGGUCGACGGGGAAGAAACUAGCUCUUAUCAGAACACAGCCAUCCAGCUCGGUCCGAAACACGCAUGA